AUGGCUCUGACUCUUACGUUGCUGAACAGUGCUUACUUACAUGGUAGAUGCUGCAGGCACAAAGUUUUGCACCCCUUACUUGGACCUCUCCUCAGCAAUUCCAUGUCAAAACUGUAUAGCAGCUACAGGAGGCCAGGGUCACAGCCUGAGAAAAAAACAUCUUGGCAAAAUAUUGAUUUCAGUUUUAAGGCGGGCAUUGAUGUCUUAAAGACUCAGCUAAGCAUGCUGAAGAAGGAGACCAAAGAUUACUUAAUAGGACCUGGAGGCCGUCCAUUGAAUCAUUACCUGUUGGAACAGACAAGGGUGUUGUGGGAGUUUCGGAGCCAAGAAGAUUUAAAUAAAUGGGUUAUUUCCUCUGAUGUAGAGAUUGGAGGGAAAAGUGAAGUUUACCUCAAAUUGGGUAGGAAUAACCAGGCUGCUCUGCUGUAUGGAACCCUCAAUACGGAAGUACCUCGUGAUGGGGAGACAAAAUACAGCGGAUAUUGCAGUAUGAGAGCUAAGCCGCCAGUGGGAUCCUUUGCUAGGAAGAAGUAUUAUGACUGGUCAAACUUCAACAGUCUGUAUUUACGUGUCCGUGGGGAUGGCAGACCUUGGAUGGUAAACAUUUAUACAGACCCUUACUUCUCUCAUCAAAAGGAUGACCUCUACAACUACUUCAUGUUCACCCGAGGAGGCCCAUACUGGGAGGAAAUAAAGAUUCCAUUCUCCAAAUUCUUUCUCUCCAGUCGGGGAAGAGUCCAGGAUGACCAGCAUCCUAUCUGGUUAGACAAGAUUAGUACCCUUGGAUUCACGAUCGGAGAUAAAGUAGAUGGUCCAUUCCAGCUGGAGAUUGAUUUUAUCGGCCUGCUCAACGAUAGAGCUCAUACAGAAGAAUUUGCGUAUGAAACAUAUGAAAAGAAUCCUCAAGUCUAAGUUAGGCUGGUAUCCUUUGGGACAUUCUUCAGAUGCUCGGUUCAUUUUUAUAAAACACUUCUUAAUGUGUGGCUUAUAACAACUUGAAGAUUCUGUGUAAACAUUAAAGAGAUCAGUGUGUGAAGUGUUGACUAGUAAUCUGACUAGAGUGACACUGUUGG